AUGUUGUUCCUCAAUGUGCUUUUAUUUUACCUCGCCAUACUUCGUGCAGACGCAGCUUUCCUGCCUGAUCUCGUCUCCACGUUCGCCAAAAUCUCCCUCUCCCUUGACAACUCCCACCUCACCAAUUGCUCUCUCGCCGGAACACCCCGCCCACCUUUCAAAUCCCUCCCUCCUCCCAGUCCAGGUUUGCAUCUCAAGUACGUGACAAUGGGCCGGGGAACACAAAACUACACUUGCCAGGAAGACUCCAACACCACAGCGCCUAGGCCAGUGGGCGCUGUUGCAACGUUGAUCGAUGUUUCUUGUCUUGCCGCCUAUAGUAUGGAGCUUCUCCACCAUUUCACCCCUAUUAUGAGGGCGAUACAUAGCGAGACCCUUCCUUUCCUCGCCCUGCUGAGCGGCCAGAUCUCUGCACCCGACAAUAAGUUCAUCUUGGGGAGUCACGACUUUGAUGGGGCCGGCAUGCCAGUUUUUGAUCUACGACUUACGGGCGGUAGUGACUGGAUGGCCUCCAGAAAGAAUGCGAGUGCUUCGGCCUCCGGAGACAACGUUGUCAACGUGCCUUGGUUGAAGCUCACCUCGGUGGAUGGUACUGGUAUUAAUGAAGUUUAUCGCUUGCAUACUGUGGGAGGACAACCUCCAACCAAUUGCCAUCGGCGUAAGGGUACAUUUCAGGUUGAAUAUGCGGCCGAGUAUUGGUUCUAUGGUCCUUAA